AUGGCAAAUCAAGUAGAUUAUAAGAAGUUUUGUUGGGAGAUAGACUAUUUCUCCUUUUUGCGAUCGAAGUUGUGUUACUCUGAUCCAGUCGUGAUAGGUGGCUUCAAAUGGCGUCUUAUUGCCUUCUCUAAAAAGGGAACUGAUUCAUUGUCUCUGUAUCUGGAAGCUGUUGAUUUGAAAGCACUGCCAUCUGGAUUGAGAAGAUUUGUGGAAUAUAGCAUAACUAUUGUUAAUCAAACCUGUGAGGAACUCUCCGUACGUAGAGAAAGACGAAUUUGGUUUGAUAAGAACACUCCGAACUGGGGUUGGCCAGAUAUGAUUUCCCUAUUCAAUCUUACUGCCCCAAAUAGUGGAUUCCUGGUGAACGGAGGAGGCGUCAUGGUUAUUGCUGAAGUAGAAGCUCUUGAAGUUAUUGAUACAUUAAACCCGUCACAAGUUGCAGAGAUUAGUGAAGACAGAGCUCAUGAUUAUUCAUCUUCAUCUGACGAGUUGCAGAACAAAGAUGAUGUAGCUAUUGAAGUAAACGGCUUUCAAGUUCUUCAUUCGCAGGUUACUCAGGUGAAGGCAAUCUUUGAGAAACAUCCAGAUCUCACGUCGAAUUUCAGUUUAAAGAAUCAACAGAUCAAGAAUGCUUACAUGUAUGCUCUUCUUGACCUGAUCAAAACACUGUGCAAAGCUCCUAAGGAGCUCACCGUGGAAGACCUGAACAAAGCAGACAAUAUGCUCUCUGAUCUGAUAAAAGCAGGCUUCAAUUUGGAUUGGUUGCGUCAGAAGUUGGAUCAGGGUUUGGAUAAACAGAUAGCUUAUGACACACGGAUCAGAGAACUCGAGAAACAGGUGAAAAAGCGAAAGCUGGCAUUGACAGAACUUGAAGGCGACCUGGAGAAAGAGAAAGCAGCGGCUUCGGUUGCAACCAUAUUUUCUGACUGA